AUGAGGUGGUAACGAUGAACAACAGUUCAAUCACCCUCUAUAAAUGCCAAAAUCUGAAAAUGAACUUCAUUUACAGCGACGCUACACAGGAUGCAACUGAUGAAACAAUACCCCUCCACAUUCCCUCUUAGCAGAAGGCUGGAACUGAGUCUAAUGGUGAAGAACCCCCAGUUAAGGAGAGAUGUUCCCAUUACAUUGUCACAGACAUGAGGAAUGAGGUUGUGACAACUGCACCUUUAAAUUCAACCAUCAUCCCAGAUGGAGACAAUCCUAAUGCAAACCGUGGUGACACUAGUUUGACCUGGAAAGAUGUUGGUGUUGUUGCUCUCGUGCUGGUCAUUGCUGGUUUGCUCUUGGUGUUGUUUUGUGUGUACAAACCUUGGAGAGACAAACAGCGCAACCAAGGCCACAGAGAAAUGGAAGCGGGUCAGGGCAUUCCAGAACCAAACUCCAUUCCUCUGAUGCAGAAUGAGCGACGUGAUGCCAGAGACAUCAGAAAGCCUGAUGACGGUGAGACUGUUGAAGCUGUGGUUGUUCCCAGUGACCAAGGAGGUGAGCCAGGAGAGGAGAGCAGGCAGCCCAUGGACAAUGAAGAGACAGGCGCUGACAACCCUCUGCUGAAUGGAGAUGCCAGGAGCCCAGGAGAGGAAGGGGUGCUAGAAGGGCAGGACAGGAAGCCAGCAGACAGUGGGGGAACAGACCCUGAAUCCUGUCAGAAGACACAUGCUGAACCCCCUCUAGUGAAUGGACACCAUGAUGUCAGGGUUAACGAUGAGACUAAGGAAGUGACUCCUGGUGCACAGAGUCCAGGACCUCCUCAGAUGAAUGGAGGACCUCCCAUGUCUAACAGAGCUGCAGCGAAGACCACUGCUCUAUUGGACAAACAGGCCUUGGACAAGUACCAAGUCAUCAAACCUCCUGAGUUAAUAGACAAAGGACCUAACGACAUGGAGUCAAGAAGAGAACUAACAAACGGUGGACGUUUGUAUAGCAAAAGAGAACCUAACACCAUAUGAUAAGAUACAGUAAUACUUUAUAUAAUAUACAUAUUAUAAGAUACACAUAUGUGACUUGCUUCAUCAUAAUCAGUCAUGUCAACCCCAAGGCACAUUCUGAAAAGUGUAUUUUACUGAUUUUCUAUAAUCUAAGCAGUUUAUUAAGUUAAUUCUCUAUGUGACAGCUGUAACCUGGAUAAGUUUGGAAAUGUGUUCUAGUGAUAUCAGUUGAAAUUCCAAAAUGGCCCAAGACUUUUAGAAAAUAAUAAUUUAAAUAUGUUAUCUAAAUGUUUAAUUACUAUUAUCUGAAAAUGAGUGUGCGACAUAUGACUGAUUAUGAUACAACAAGUCACAUAUUAGCUAUACAACGUUAUAUAUGAAAUGAUAUGAAAUAAGAUCAUACACUACUAUUGUAUACUAUACAUGCAAGCAAUUAUAUAUAUAACAUACACAUGAAAAGAUGCUUAAAACGUUAACCUCUCUAGUAUAGACAUAUCCAAGGUCAUGAGGUCUCAAUGUCUUGUGGACAUGUCAAAUAGCUAAACAUUGACUAGGCAUUAUUUAGAGUAGGCCUCAUUAUCACAGGGCCCAGUCUAAGAAGCUCUAUUUUACUGAAGCAAUUAUUCAUUAUUUCUGAAUUGAGAGUUAGCAUGUCAGUUAAAAUAACUUGCACAAUUUGUCCCAUUUAACACACACCUGUAAUCCUACUUUCAGUAAAGAAAGUUAAUGUUCCAUUUUAGCCUCUAGAAGAUACUACAACAGACUUUAUUUAAACCACUGCUUUCAUAGGACAUCAUGAUUGGUCAGUUAAAACAGGUAACACUUCAUAUGGAUGUUCUCUUUAUAAUGCAUUACAGGAGCAUUAAUAACACCUUCUAUGCAUAAUGCAUCAGGAUGCACAACAUAGGUGCUAAUAACUGCUCAUGAACAUCUAUAACUGCAUAAAGCAUUAUCACCAGGAUGUGUAAUGCCUUAUGAAGCAAAGUAUUACUAUGCCAGAUGCCAUAUUUGAAAAGCACAUUAGGAUCGUUAUAUUAUACAUUCUGUGCUCAUUAAGCUAAAAAGUAGUAAGUAAUUGCAAAGUUGCUAAUUAGCGAAAAUGCUAAAAUAUCCCGUGAUGAUAUUCGAACACGCAACCUUUGGGUUGUUAGAUGUUGGCGUUAUAAGUCCACCCAUCCGAAACCAAAGCAUGGAUUGCUGUCUGAGCUUGUUCAUAGACUGCUUACAGCUUAAAGAAAUCAAAUUACAUUUUGUAAUUUGGGUGAACUAUCCCUUUAACAGGAGUGCGGAACUCCUACGUGAAGUCGUUACAGUAUAGCCUAUUCCUAAAGAUUCCUAGUAUUCCUAAAGAGCAUUUUGUGUAGGUCAUACCAUUUAGCUUCAUAAUCAUAACCCACUGAGGCACACACUGGUUGAAGUAACAUUGUUUCCACAUAAUUUCAAUGAUAUUACGUUAAACCAAUGUGGAAUAGACAUUGAAUUGAUGUCUGUUCCCAGUCGGAAGGCAUUAUGCUGCCUACUUAUAAUUAUAUUUAUUAGCAACCAUUAGAGCCUAUGUCAUGCAUUAUAAUGCAUAUUGCGCAGAUAAGGUGUUAUAAAUGCACUUAUAACACAUUAUGAAGAGGGUAUUCAUAGGAAGUGUUACCUGCAGUUCUUGCGGAAGGAACUGUACCCCACAUCCCCACCUACUAGUGACAUUGUGAAAAAUACCACACCUUUAGACAGUAAUUGUGUAGCUAUGUUGAUAUUUGUGUUCACCGAUUCAUUAGAAUGUUUAUUUCAGUCAGAGUGUCUGUCAGGUCAAAUGACUUAGGCGAAUGACAUACCCACAUACAUUGAGACCUUAUAACCUUAGUGUCAGAAAAGGUUAAUUUUCUUAAUUUUCUUCAUCUUUUGAUUAUGCUAAUUUGACUUACUUGUAUUGUAUUUGAUGUCAUGUAUGUGGGUUGGUCCCAUACUUUUAUGAAUGGUUUUCGCCUGAUGCUUUUAUGGUUAGUUACCUUAGACAUGUAUUUUGUUUUAUUUCCUUAUUACACUUUCAUGACCAAUUUACACUGCGUGUACAAAACAUUAAGAACACCUGCUCUUUUCAUGACAGACUGACCAGGUGAAUCCAGGUGAAAGCUAUGAUCUCUAAUUGAUGUCACUUGUUAAAUCCACUUCAAUCAGUGUAGAUGAAGGGGAGGAGACAAGUUAAAGAAGGUUUUUUAAGCCUUGAGACAUGGAUUGUGUGUGGGUGCCAUUCAGAGGGUGAAUGGGCAUGACAAAAGAUUUAAGUGCUUUUGAACAGGGUAUGGUUGUAGGUGCCAGGCGCACCGGUUUGUGUCAAGAACUGCAAUGCUGCUGGACUUUUCACUCUCAACAGUUUCCCGUGUGUAUCAAGAAUGGUCCACCACCCAAAGGACAUCCAGUCAACUUGACACAACUCUGGAAAGCAUUGGAGUCGACAUGGGCCAGCAUCCCUGUGGAAAGCUUUCGACACCUUGUAGAGUCCAUUCCUUGACGAAUUGAGGCUGUUCUGAGGGCAAAAGCGGGUGUAACUCAAUAUUAGGAAGGUGUUCCUGAUGUUUGUCUAAUGUUUGUACACUCAGUGUAUAGUACUAUGCAUUUUGACUGUUGGAUUGAUAUGAUCUGCUCAUACAUUGCAAUACAAGUGAGUGAGUUAAGACUAUUGUUUAAUGAACGACUCAGGUCUGAUGGAUACAAUUGUCCCUCGUACUCUCAUGUAUUAUUUGUUACAAACUUUCUGCAUGUAUCUGUAUGAGGAAACGUCCACAUUAUUGUCAUAUCUACUUUUUAGGAAGGCUGUUCUGCAGUUUUGUGUAUGGUCACAACUUGUUUUAUUUAAUACAUUAAUAUUUUAGUAAUUUAGCAGAUGCUCAUAUGCAGAGUGACUUACAGGAGCAAUUCAAGUUUAGUGCCUUGCUCAAGGAAAUCGACAGACCUAGUCGGCUCGGGGAUUCAAACCAGUGACUUUUCAGUUACUGGUACAACGCUUAUUAAUAUUAUAAUGAGUUGCUUUCCUUCUAUCAUUAAAACAUUCCUUUAUA